AAAAUCUGCGGGUUGGGGAGGCUGGGGUUGGGAAAGCCGUCGAGGGAGGAGCUGCCGCCGCUGGCGCCUAGACUCUUCAGUGUGUGUGAGCACGGAGGCUGAGUGCGGAUCGAUCUCUGCUGCCUUGCGGAGCUGCGGAGCUCGAACUCCAGCCCUGGAAACCCAGGAAUGUAAAGAUAUCAAAAUGGAACCAAGUAUGGAUGUGAAUUCAGUCACUAUCGCUGUUGAGGGAAUGACGUGUAUUUCCUGUGUCCGGACCAUUGAACAGCAGAUUGGGAAAGUGAAUGGUGUCCAUCACAUUAAAGUUUCACUAGAAGAAAAAAGUGCAACUAUUAUUUAUGACCCUAAACUUCAGACUCCAAAGACCCUCCAAGAAGCUAUUGAUGACAUGGGCUUCGACGCUCUUCUCCACAAUGCUAACCCUCUCCCUGUCUUAACCAAUACCGUGUUUCUGACUGUUGCUGCUCCACUGGCUCUGCCAUGGGACCAUAUCCAAAGCACAUUGCUCAAGACCAAGGGUGUGACCGGUGUUAAGGUUUCCCCUCAGCAGAGAUCGGCUGUAGUGACCAUAAUCCCUUCUGUGGUGAGUGCCAGUCAGAUUGUGGAGCUGGUCCCAGACCUCAGCUUAGACCUGGGCACGCAAGAGAAAAAGUCAGCACCUUGUGAAGAUCACAGCAUGCCCCAGGCAGGGGAAGUCAUGCUAAAGAUGAAAGUGGAAGGAAUGACCUGCCAUUCAUGCACUAGCACCAUUGAAGGAAAAGUUGGGAAACUGCAAGGUGUUCAGCGAAUUAAAGUGUCUCUUGACAACCAAGAAGCUACCAUUGUUUAUCAGCCUCACCUAAUCACAGCAGAAGAAAUAAAGAAGCAGAUUGAUGCUGUAGGCUUCCCAGCCUUCAUUAAAAAACAGCCCAAAUACCUCAAAUUGGGAGCCAUUGAUGUCGAGCGCCUGAAGAACACACCAGUCAAAUCUCCAGAAGGAUCACAGCAAAAGAGUCCAUCAAAUUCCAGUGAUUCAACGACCACGUUCAUCAUAGAGGGCAUGCAUUGUAAAUCCUGUGUGUCAAAUAUUGAAAGUGCUUUGUCUACACUCCAGUAUGUAAGCAGUAUAGUAGUUUCUUUAGAGAAUAGGUCAGCCAUUGUAAAGUACAAUGCCAGCUCAGUCACUCCAGAAAUGCUGAGAAAAGCAAUAGAGGCCGUUUCACCAGGGCAAUACAGAGUGAGUAUUGCAAGUGAAGUUGAAAGUACUUCCAGCUCUCCCUCCAGCUCAUCUCUUCAAAAGAUGCCUUUGAACAUGGUUAGCCAGCCUCUGACCCAAGAAACUGUGAUAAACAUUAAUGGCAUGACUUGUAAUUCUUGUGUGCAGUCUAUAGAGGGUGUCAUAUCAAAAAAGCCAGGUGUAAAAUCCAUCAACGUUUCCCUUGCAAAUAGUGCCGGAACUAUUGAAUAUGAUCCUCUACUAACCUCCCCAGAAACCUUGCGAGAAGCGAUUGAAGACAUGGGAUUUGAUGCUGCCUUGCCAGCAGACAUGAAAGAGCCUCUGGUAGUGAUAGCUCAGCCCUCAUUGGAAACACCUCUUUUGCCCUCAACUAAUGAGCCAGAAAAUGUGAUGACACCAGUUCAUAACAAGUGUUACAUACAGGUCUCUGGAAUGACUUGUGCUUCUUGUGUAGCAAACAUUGAACGGAACUUAAGACGAGAAGAAGGAAUAUAUUCUGUACUUGUGGCCCUAAUGGCUGGCAAGGCAGAAGUAAGAUAUAACCCAGCUGUUAUCCAACCCCCAAUGAUAGCAGAGUUUAUCCGAGAGCUUGGAUUUGGAGCCAAGGUGAUGGAAAAUGCUGGUGAAGGAGAUGGCAUUUUGGAACUUGUUGUGAGAGGAAUGACAUGUGCCUCCUGUGUCCAUAAAAUCGAGUCUACUCUCACAAAACACAAAGGGAUCUUCUACUGCUCUGUGGCCCUGGCAACUAACAAAGCACAUAUUAAAUAUGAUCCAGAAAUCAUUGGUCCCCGAGAUAUUAUACAUACCAUUGGAAGCUUAGGUUUUGAAGCUUCUUUGGUCAAGAAAGAUCGGUCAGCCAGUCACUUAGAUCAUAAACGAGAAAUAAAACAAUGGCGAAGGUCUUUCCUUGUGAGCCUAUUUUUCUGUAUCCCUGUAAUGGGACUGAUGAUAUAUAUGAUGGUUAUGGAUCACCACCUUGCAACUCUUCAUCAUAAUCAGAACAUGAGUAAUGAAGCACAUUCUUCUAUGUUCCUGGAGCGUCAGAUUCUGCCAGGAUUGUCCAUAAUGAAUUUGUUGUCGCUCCUAUUAUGUCUACCUGUACAGUUUUGUGGAGGCUGGUACUUCUACAUCCAGGCUUACAAAGCUCUUAGGCAUAAGACAGCAAAUAUGGAUGUGCUGAUUGUGUUGGCAACCACCAUCGCGUUUGCCUACUCUCUGGUUAUUCUUCUGGUCGCAAUGUAUGAGAGAGCCCAAGUGAACCCUAUUACCUUCUUUGAUACGCCUCCUAUGCUGUUUGUGUUUAUUGCACUAGGCCGAUGGUUGGAACAUAUAGCAAAGGGCAAAACUUCAGAGGCUCUUGCAAAGCUGAUUUCACUACAAGCGACAGAAGCAACUAUUGUAACUCUUAACUCUGAAAAUCUCCUCCUGAGUGAAGAGCAAGUGGAUGUGGAGCUUGUACAACGUGGUGAUAUCAUUAAAGUCAUUCCAGGAGGCAAAUUUCCAGUGGAUGGCCGUGUGAUUGAAGGACAUUCUAUGGUAGACGAGUCCCUCAUCACAGGGGAGGCAAUGCCUGUGGCUAAGAAACCUGGCAGCACAGUGAUUGCAGGUUCCAUUAACCAGAAUGGAUCCCUCCUUAUCCGAGCCACCCAUGUUGGAGCAGACACAACCCUUUCUCAAAUCGUCAAGCUUGUAGAGGAGGCACAAACAUCAAAGGCUCCAAUCCAGCAGUUUGCAGACCGACUGAGUGGCUACUUUGUUCCAUUUAUCGUCUUGGUUUCCAUUGCUACCCUCUUGGUGUGGAUUAUAAUUGGAUUUCAAAAUUUUGAAAUUGUGGAAACCUACUUUCCCGGCUACAAUAGAAGCAUCUCCCGAACAGAAACCAUAAUACGCUUUGCUUUCCAAGCCUCUAUCACAGUUCUGUGUAUAGCAUGUCCCUGUUCCCUGGGACUAGCCACUCCAACUGCUGUGAUGGUGGGCACAGGAGUAGGUGCUCAGAACGGCAUACUUAUAAAAGGUGGGGAGCCGCUGGAGAUGGCUCAUAAGGUAAAAGUAGUGGUAUUUGAUAAGACUGGAACCAUUACCCAUGGAACCCCAGUAGUGAAUCAAGUAAAGGUUCUAGUGGAAAGUAACAAGAUAUCACGCAGUAAGAUCCUGGCCAUCGUGGGAACUGCAGAAAGUAACAGCGAACACCCUUUAGGAACAGCUGUAACCAAAUAUUGUAAACAGGAGCUGGACACUGAAACCUUGGGUACCUGCACAGAUUUCCAGGUUGUACCAGGCUGUGGUAUUAGCUGUAAAGUCACCAAUAUUGAAGGUUUGCUACAUAAGAGUAACUUGAAGAUAGAAGAAAAUAACAUUAAAAAUGCAUCCCUGGUUCAAAUAGAUGCAAUUAAUGAACAGACAUCAACUUCAUCUUCUAUGAUUAUUGAUGCUCAGCUCUCAAAUGCUGUUCAUACUCAGCAGUACAAAGUCCUCAUUGGUAACCGGGAAUGGAUGAUUAGAAAUGGUCUUGUCAUAAGCAGUGAUGUAGAUGAUUCCAUGAUUGAACACGAAAGAAAAGGCCGGACUGCUGUCUUGGUGACAAUCGAUGAUGAGCUGUGUGGCUUGAUAGCCAUCGCUGACACUGUGAAGCCUGAGGCAGAGCUUGCUGUCCACAUUCUGAAGUCAAUGGGCUUAGAAGUGGUUCUGAUGACUGGAGACAACAGUAAAACAGCCCGAUCCAUUGCUUCUCAGGUUGGCAUUACUAAGGUGUUUGCUGAAGUACUACCUUCCCAUAAAGUUGCUAAGGUGAAACAGCUUCAAGAGGAGGGCAAACGUGUGGCAAUGGUAGGAGACGGAAUCAAUGAUUCUCCAGCUCUGGCUAUGGCAAAUGUUGGAAUUGCCAUUGGCACGGGCACAGAUGUAGCCAUUGAAGCAGCUGAUGUGGUUUUAAUAAGGAAUGACCUUCUGGAUGUUGUGGCAAGUAUCGACUUGUCAAGGAAGACAGUCAAGAGGAUUCGAAUCAAUUUUGUCUUUGCUCUAAUUUAUAAUCUGGUUGGAAUUCCCAUCGCUGCUGGAGUUUUUCUGCCAAUUGGUUUGGUUCUGCAACCCUGGAUGGGAUCCGCAGCAAUGGCUGCUUCAUCUGUUUCUGUAGUACUUUCUUCCCUCUUCCUCAAACUUUACAGGAAACCAACUUAUGACAACUAUGAGAUGCGUUCCCGGGGCCACACAGGACAGAGGAGUCCUUCAGAAAUCAGCGUUCACGUUGGAAUAGAUGAUGCCUCCAGAAAUUCCCCAAGACUGGGUUUGCUGGACCGGAUUGUCAAUUACAGCAGAGCCUCCAUAAACUCACUACUCUCUGACAAGCGCUCCCUCAACAGUGUUGUUACCAGCGAACCUGACAAGCACUCACUUCUGGUGGGAGACUUCCGGGAAGAUGACGACACCACACUGUAAAAGGAAGGCCUCAGGGGAUGCUGCUAGUUGAAGUUCAUGUGCACUGACCCAACAUUAACACUGUCAUGGAAGGAUCUCAUGUCAGUCUCAUGCUCUUAUGUUCAAGAUUCUAUCUUAGAUCCGUUUGUUAAUGGCAAAAAUAUCUUUCUCAGGGCAGGAGAUCUGAACCUAGCAUUACCCAACGAAUUCCUAGCAGGUUUUGUUUUAUUAGGGAUACAGAGGGUAGAGCAGCAAAUUUAGAACAAGCUCUAUAGUUAGAAGUUGCUAACUUGUUGCUAAUAUGACAGAUCAUUUUUUGACCAAAAAACAGUGCCCAAAGACAGGAUGAUUUUAAAAUGUGAAGAUUUGAGAGCACGACCUUGAGGAUUCUCUUGAGCCUAUAUCCUUGCCCCAUUGGGGAACAACGGCUUUCAAAGCACUGUACAAAGCAUCUAGUUUAGAAGGGGAACAGUUGCAACUGUUCAAAAAUAGAUGUGCCUUAUUUAUUGUAGGCUUGCUUUCACCUCAUAAUGCCUGGGUCCUUGUCCUUCAGUUCCUAAGAGCCUCUAGGAUGGCUUUUGUCACCUUCUUUCAAGUGAGCCAAGUUUAGGUGGAUUUUACCUUGACUAAAAGGAACUGAAAACAAUCACGUGGAGUGUGGCAGGAAGAUUAAAAGAUCAAAGCCAGCCUGAGCUAUGUACACUAAGACUCUGUCUUAAAACACUUUUGUAACUGACAGCUCUUCUGAAGUCUUGCUUUUCUUAUUAUAUCCUGUGGCUCAGAGGACUGGAAGCUCUGCAGAGUUCUCU